AUGAAGCCCCCCCCCUCCCCCAAGCCAAGACCAAGCUCUCCUGCCCAACCCCAAAUUCAAGGAUCCAAAACCUUGCGCACCGCACCCGCGGCCACCCAACCAUCCACAACCCUCACCUCACAUUCAACCCCUGCCCCCCCCAACAGCACCCUGCGCAACCGCGGCACACCCCGGGGGUUUCAAUUUUACACAAGCUUGAAAUCAUCCAGGAUAAUCAUCACCUCUUACAAUUCCCCUAAACUUUCAUCUCAUAUUCUUGAUGGAUCAUCUCAGCAAUCAAAAAGUUUGUAG